UCUAUGGGCAGAAAAAAUGCUCCCGCUGAAGAAUACAAUGUGAGAAACCAUUAGAAUAUGGAAUGAAUGUGUGUAAUGGAUGUAAUAACCUGGCUGACAAUAGUAAUGACAAUUAGACAUGUAUUUACACUAAGCUGCUGGAACUGCAUCGGAACUUUUUGUGAACAACAAAACACAAAUGAUAAUACAGAAAAGAAAACAUGUCAAGAAGGGGCGUCUUGUCAGAAAGUAAUCUACAGGAUGGAAGAAUACAAUUCAUCAACCAUUUACACAUCAGUAGUGAAAUCCUGCUCAGUUGGGACAUGCAUUCCUACAAACGAGUCAGAUAACUUAUAUUGUGAAAAGAAGGACCGUUUAUAUAAAGUGUACGGUUGUUCAUUCAGAACUUGUUGUGAUGAUAAAGAUUUCUGUAACAGCGGUCAUCUGAAUUCACCGUAUAUUCAAACUAUCUUCUUGACAUUAUUAGCAUGCGUUCUCAUCCAUAGACUUGCUCCUUACACAUGA